AUGCUACAUGAUCAAAAUUGUUUCCUAAACGAUGAUCCUGAUCAAUCACAUUCAGACCACCUUCAACCGUCGUCAACCUCCCUAUGUUCCCAGCCAAGCCUCCCAUCAAUACCUUCUCUCACAACACAAACAUAUCACCAACAGCACCACCUUCCAACCACACACUACCACUGCAUCGCCACUAUAAAAGGCCACAACUCCUACAUAUCCUCUCUUGUCCUUGCCGGAAAGUACCUCUAUACAGGCUCUUCUGACAAAGAAAUUCGACUGUGGAAGCGCAACACUUUGAGCACUGAACUCAAUCUUGACAACCUAAUUGACAACAUGGUAAUUGCAGGAAAGGGAGCAGUGAAGUCCCUAGUAGUUCUAGCUGAUAAAAUCUUCAGUGCUCAUCAGGAUCACAAAAUCCGGGUGUGGAAAAUCAAUGCCAAAGAAAACCACCAUAAAAAAUUCACGCACUUAGCCACUCUUCCAACACUUGGUGAUCGCGCCCUUAACCUUAUAAUCCCCAAGAACCAUGUGAGGGUCCGACGCCACAAGAAGUGCACAUGGGUCCAUCAUGUUGACACCGUUUCAGCACUAGCGUUGUCAAGUGAUGGGUCCCUCCUCUACUCGGUUUCAUGGGAUCGGACACUCAAGAUUUGGAGGACAACUGACUUCAAAUGUUUGGAGUCAGUAGGGAACGCACAUGAUGAUGCGAUAAAUGCAGUGGCAUUAUCUAGCGAUGGAGACGUGUACACAGGAUCAGCUGAUAAAAAAAUAAAGGUGUGGAGGAAAACCUCAGGAGAGAAGAAACAUUCUCUAGUUGCUACACUAGAGAAACAUAAUUCUGGAGUCAAUGCACUGGCAUUGAGCACUGAUGCAUCUGUGUUGUACUCCGGGGCAUGUGACAGAUCAAUAGUGGUUUGGCAGAAGGAGGAUCAUGGCAAUAUGGUGGCGGUUGGUGCGCUCAGAGGGCAUGCCAAGUCCAUAUUGUGCUUGGCUGUGGUGUCGGAUUUAGUGUGCAGCGGUUCAGCAGACAAAACUGUAAGAAUUUGGAGAGGGGUUGAGAGAUGCUACACUUGCUUGGUGGUAUUGGAGGGGCACAAAGGCCCGGUUAAGUGCUUGACGGUGGCAUGUGAUCGAUACAAACAGUCUGACACUACAUCUUCAUAUCUCCUAUACAGUGCUAGUCUUGACAGUGACAUCAAGGUUUGGCAGCUUUAG